AUGAUCGUAGUUGCUUUGGUUGUGUUCUAUGCUUUCCAAGGAGUCCUGUUGGCGCUAGAGCACCUCGUUCCCCACUUCCUGGGGGCUGGCAACAUGGGCAACUCCUGCGUUUGCCGCGAUGACAGCGGAGCAGAAGACAACGUGGAAUCUCGGAGCCAGCAAAGGGAGAACAGCAGAGCCCACGUUCCUGAAGCAAGGAGCCACCCAAGGGACCCUGUCCGGCCACCCAGGAGGGGUCGAGGGCCCCAUGAACCAAGAAGGAAAAAGCAGAAUGUGGAUGGGCUAGUGCUGGACACACUGGCUGUCAUUCGGACGUUAGUAGAUAAUGACCAGGAGCCUCCUUAUUCAAUGAUCACGUUGCAUGAAAUGGCAGAAACAGAUGAAGGUUGGUUGGAAGUUGUCCAGUCUUUAAUUAGAGUUAUUCCAUUAGAAGAUCCCCUGGGACCAGCUGUUAUAACACUGCUGCUUGAUGAAUGCCCACUGCCAACAAAAGAUGCAUUGCAAAAGUUAACGGAAAUAUUAAACUUAAGUGGAGCUGCUGCCUGCCAGGAUGCUUGUCACCCUGCCAGACACCGGAACACCACGGCAGUGCUGGGCUGCUUGGCAGAGAAGUUGGCAGGUCCUGCAAGUAUAGGCUUGCUAAGCCCAGGGAUCUUGGAAUAUUUACUGCACAGCUUGAACUUCCAGUCCCACCCGACAGUGAUGCUCUUUGCACUAAUAGCCCUGGAGAAGUUUGCACAAACAAGUGAAAAUAAAAUGACUGUUUCUGAGACGUGCAUUAGUGACCAACUGAUCUUGCUAGAGAAGUGGACAGAUAACCCAGACUAUUUAAAACGCCAGGUUGGAUUCUGUGCCCAGUGGAGCUUAGACAAUCUGUUUUUAAAAGAAGGGAGGCAGUUCACAUAUGAGAAGGUUGACUUGACCAACAUUAGGGCUAUGCUGAACAGCAACGAUGUCAGCGAAUACCUGAAGAUCUCACCCCAUGGGUUAGAGGCUCGAUGUGAUGCCUCCUCCUUUGAGAGCGUCAGGUGCACGUUCUGUGUGGACUCUGGGGUCUGGUACUAUGAAGUGACUGUCAUUACCUCAGGAGUGAUGCAGAUAGGCUGGGCCACCAAAGACAGCAAGUUUCUCAAUCAUGAAGGUUACGGCAUCGGGGACGACGAGUACUCCUGUGCGUACGACGGCUGCCGGCAGCUCAUCUGGUACAAUGCCAGAAGUAAACCACAUUCCCACCCCUGCUGGAAAGAAGGAGACACAAUAGGAUUUCUACUAGAUUUGCAAGAAAAGCAAAUGAUCUUCUAUUUAAAUGGAAACCAGCUUCCUGCUGAGAAGCAAGUCUUUUCAUCUGCUGUAUCUGGCUUUUUUGCUGCAGCUAGUUUCAUGUCCUAUCAACAAUGUGAGUUCAACUUUGGGGCAAAACCUUUCAAGUACCCACCACCAAUGAAGUUUAAUACCUUUAAUGAUUAUGCCUUUCUGACAGCAGAAGAGAAAAUCAUUCUGCCCAGACACAGGCGCCUGGCUCUGCUGAAGCAAGUGAGCAUCCGGGAGAACUGCUGCACACUCUGCUGUGAUGAGGUAGCAGACACAGAGCUCAGGCCAUGUGGACACAGUGACCUGUGCAUGGAGUGUGCCUUGCAGCUGGAGACCUGCCCCUUGUGUCGACAGGAAAUACAAACCCGGGUCAGACAGAUCUCUCACAUUUCAUGACACACGUGGAGAGACACCACAGACUUUUUUGUGGAGAACUCCAAGCCAUGCUGAAAGGGGAAAGCAUCUCUACCCAACCUGAACGCACAUGGAACCACAGCCAGAUGUCCUGCUCAGCUGCACAUCUGUUCCUCUUCCUAAAGGAGUCUUCAAUAAGCUCUUCCAAGCUGGCAGCCAUGGGAGCUGGUUUCAGCAGUGAGGAGAGCUGGGAGAGCUCAGCGUGCUCCUGGCUAUUGGUUCCUGCAGGCAAGACCAGAGGAGAGUUUCUCUCUCCUUCCCCUUUUCCUUCUCCCCUGUUGCAAGUGCUGAAAAAAUUUGCACUGGAAGGACCACGUACAAUGCAUUUGAAAA